AUGCUAUCGAAUUUCCCAUCGAUACUCAAUAGAUGGAAGCGAGGCGUUCUAGCGACGAUCUGGCUGGUGGUGCGCGGGCGCCGCGGUGUCGAGCUGGAAGCCUUCCCCGACCAACAGGCACACUCAAUAGCUGACUGCAGCGCUAUACAAAAUGCUGUCGACUUCCACCUUGAUCACCUGGGCAACCUCUGGGUGCUAGACACGGGCGUGGUAGACGCUCUGGAGCGCCCGCGGUGCACGUGCCCGCCGAAAGUGGUGGUCAUCAGCAUUACACUGAGGAGACUCACCAAGCACAUACAACUCACAUCGAUAGAAGCUAGCUCUUUGCUGCAGAACAUUGUUGUGGAGCACGGCAUUGGAAAGGCCUUUGUAUACAUAUCAGACGCGUCUCGCGGCGCGGUCCUAGUGCACGACACCUCAUCAGACGCCCAGUGGUCAGUCAUUGUAUGCGCGCCCGCACCUGCCCUUCAGCUCGCGCUGGUCAAACGCACUACUCACACAGUCCUGAUCAUCGCCCGGCUGCACCAACAAGGACUCUUGGAGCUUGAUACGGCAACUUUUAAGAGGAGGAACUCACUUUCUCCGCUUAGCGUAUUUGGCGAGCACUCAACACCAGUGAUUAUCCUAGGAUCAGACUUCCACCAUGUAUACCUGCGCCACUCCUGCUGCUGCGACGUGCUAGGCUGGAAUACUAGAGAAGUCUACAACUCAUCACGUCUUGAGAACUUUCACUCACCCGGACCUGGACUCACGCCCACUUCAGUAACUCGGGAUCCUUUCAAACACGUGCUCCUGGUACUCGAUUCCAACUAUGCUGAUACUGUCAGUAGCAAAACUGCUACUUAUCAUAGAAUUACGUUUAUUGACCAGUGGUGAGGGAAAAUGUGAGAAUUUAUUAAAACGUUAAUUUCUAUGUUUUUUGUUUUCAUAAAACAUCAA